UGCUGUCGGUCAGGCAGCGCGGUGGCCACCUCCUCAGGGAGCGCGCCGGGCGUCGUGAAGGGAGAAGAACGAGGGGGCCUUGCGCGUCGGGGAAGGGGCUGUGGUGAGCGGAGGAGUUGGUACUCCCCGGGAGGCCGGGCUGAUGUCCGCACCGGGCGCAGGUAACUUGCCUGGGUAGCACAAUGCCAGCUGAGCGCAAGAAGUCAGCAAAUAUGGAAGAAAAAGAAUCUCCAUUAAAUAAUAAAGAAAAAGAAUUCAGUGAAAGGCGACCAGUGAGCACUAGGGAAAAGCCAAAAGAUGAUGUCAAGGUUGGCAUGAAGAGAGACACUUUAAAGAUUCCUGAAGAUAAAAAGAAAAAAAUGGAAGAGGACAAAAGAAAAAAGGAAGACAAGGAACGGAAGAAAAAAGAAGAGGAUAAAGUAAAGGCAGAAGAAGAGCAAAAGAAGAAAGAGGAAGAAGAAAAAAAGAAACUUGAAGAAGAGGAGAAAAAGAAACAAGAGGAGGAAGAGAAAAAGAAACAAGAAGCAGCAGCUGCUCAACUGAAAGAAAAAGAGGAAGCACAUCAGCUCCAUCAGGAAGCUUGGGAACGCCAUCAGGCAAGAAAAGAGCUUCGCAGCAAAAACCAGAAUGCACCAGACAAUCGCCCUGAAGAGAACUUCUUCAGCAGACUGGAUUCCAGUCUGAAGAAGAACACAGCUUUUGUGAAGAAGCUAAAAACCAUUACGGAGCAACAAAGGGACUCCUUGUCUCAUGACUUUAAUAGCCUGAAUUUAAGCAAGUACAUCGCAGAAGCAGUAGCCUCCAUUGUAGAAGCCAAACUGAAAAUAUCAGAUGUGAACUGCGCUGUGCACUUGUGUUCCCUCUUUCACCAGCGCUAUGCUGAUUUUGCUCCUUCAUUACUUCAGGCUUGGAAAAAACAUUUUGAAGCAAGGAAAGAAGAGAAGACUCCCAACAUUACUAAAUUAAGAACUGAUCUGCGUUUCAUUGCAGAAUUGACCAUAGUUGGGAUUUUCACUGACAAGGAAGGUCUGUCUUUAAUCUACGAGCAGCUUAAAAAUAUUAUUAAUGCUGAUCGAGAAUCCCACACUCAUGUUUCUGUUGUUAUCAGCUUUUGUCGGCACUGUGGAGAUGACAUUGCUGGUUUGGUACCAAGGAAAGUAAAAACUGUUGCAGAGAAGUUUAACUUGAGCUUUCCUCCUAGUGAGAUAAUUAGUCCAGAGAAACAACAGCCCUUCCAGAACUUGUUGAAGGAAUACUUUACAUCUUUGACCAAACACCUGAAAAGGGACCACAGGGAGCUACAAAAUAUUGAAAGACAAAACAGGCGCAUUCUUCACUCCAAAGGAGAGCUGAGUGAAGAUCGACACAAGCAAUAUGAGGAGUUUGCAAUGUCCUAUCAGAAGCUGUUGGCAAAUUCUCAAUCUCUAGCUGAUCUUUUGGAUGAAAAUAUGCCUGACCUUCCUCAAGAGAAACCAACACCUGAGGAACACGGACCUGGUAUUGAUAUUUUCACACCAGGAAAGCCUGGAGAAUAUGACCUGGAGGGGGGUAUCUGGGAAGACGAAGAUGCGAGAAACUUCUAUGAGAAUCUCAUUGACUUAAAGGCUUUUGUGCCAGCAAUUUUGUUUAAAGACAAUGAAAAAUGUUCCCAGAACAAGGAUUCCAGCAAAGAUGAAUCAAGAGAUUCUAAAGAUGCCAAAGAUAAUAAGGAAGCAUCUGGGAGUGAGGAUUUGGAGUUGGAGCUGGAGAACCUGGAUAUUAAUGAUGACCCUCUGGAGCUGGACUGUGGAGAUGAGGCAGAAGAUCUUACAAAAAAGCUUCUUGAUGAGCAAGAACAAGAGGAUGAAGAAGCCAGUACUGGAUCUCAUUUGAAACUUAUAGUAGAUGCUUUUCUACAGCAACUUCCAAAUUGUGUCAACAGAGACCUCAUAGACAAGGCAGCAAUGGAUUUUUGCAUGAAUAUGAAUACAAAAGCCAACAGAAGAAAACUAGUACGAGCACUUUUCAUAGUUCCCAGACAAAGGUUGGAUUUGCUACCAUUUUAUGCAAGACUGGUUGCCACAUUGCAUCCUUGUAUGUCUGAUGUAGCAGAGGAUCUUUGUUCCAUGUUGAAAGGAGAUUUCAGAUUUCAUGUAAGAAAAAAAGACCAGAUCAACAUUGAAACAAAGAAUAAAACUGUGAGAUUUAUUGGUGAGCUUACCAAGUUUAAGAUGUUCUCCAAAAAUGACACGCUCCACUGUUUAAAGAUGCUCCUGUCAGACUUUUCUCAUCACCACAUUGAAAUGGCAUGUACUCUGCUGGAAACCUGUGGAAGAUUCCUCUUUAGAUCACCAGAAUCUCACUUAAGAACCAGUGUCCUUUUGGAACAAAUGAUGAGAAAAAAGCAAGCAAUGCAUCUGGAUGCACGCUAUGUCACAAUGGUAGAGAAUGCCUAUUACUACUGUAAUCCUCCUCCAGCUGAGAAAACUGUGAAGAAAAAACGUCCUCCUUUGCAGGAAUAUAUUCGUAAGCUUCUUUACAAGGAUCUCUCCAAGGUCACCACAGAGAAGGUCUUGAGACAGAUGCGCAAGCUGCCUUGGCAGGAUGUAGAAGUAAAAGACUAUGUUAUAUGCUGUAUGAUCAACAUCUGGAAUGUGAAAUAUAAUAGUAUUCACUGUGUAGCCAACCUCUUAGCAGGGUUGGUACUUUACCAGGAAGAUGUUGGAAUUCAUGUUGUGGAUGGAGUGCUAGAGGAUAUUCGACUGGGAAUGGAGGUUAACCAACCAAAGUUUAACCAACGGCGUAUCAGCAGUGCCAAGUUUUUAGGGGAGCUUUACAAUUACCGAAUGGUGGAAUCUGCUGUAAUAUUUCGAACUCUGUAUUCUUUCACAUCAUUUGGUGUGAACCCUGAUGGCAGUCCUAGUCCACUGGACCCUCCAGAGCAUCUUUUCAGAAUCAGACUAGUUUGUACUAUCCUUGAUACCUGUGGGCAGUACUUUGACCGAGGAUCCAGCAAACGAAAACUUGAUUGCUUCCUUGUAUAUUUUCAGAGGUAUGUUUGGUGGAAAAAAAGCCUGGAUGUUUGGACAAAAGAUCACCCAUUUCCUAUAGACAUAGACUAUAUGAUCAGUGAUACACUCGAACUGCUGAGACCAAAGAUAAAGCUCUGCAAUUCUCUGGAAGAAGCUAUCAGACAGGUGCAAGACUUGGAACGAGAAUUCUUAAUCAAAUUAGGCAUUGUGAAUGACAAAGAAUCCAAAGAUUCCAUUACAGAAGGAGAGAAUCUUGAAGAGGAUGAAGAAGAGGAAGAAGGUGGAGCUGAGACAGAGGAGCAAUCUGGAAAUGAAAGUGAAGUAAAUGAGCCAGAAGAAGAGGAGGGCUCUGACAAUGAGGAGGAGGAAGGUGAAGAAGAGGAGGAGGAAAACACGGAUUACCUUACAGACUCCAAUAAGGAAAAUGAAACUGAUGAGGAGAAUACAGAAGUAAUGAUUAAAGGAGGAGGACUUAAGCAUGUCCCUUGUGCAGAAGAUGAGGACUUUAUUCAGGCACUGGAUAAAAUGAUGCUGGAAAAUCUUCAGCAACGGAGUGGUGAGUCUGUUAAAGUACAUCAAUUGGAUGUCGCUAUUCCUCUGCAUCUCAAAAGUCAGCUCAAGAAGGGGCCACCACUUGGAGGUGGGGAGGGAGAGUCAGAAUCUGGAGACACAAUGCCAUUUGUCAUGUUAACACGUAAAGGCAACAAACAGCAGUUUAAGAUCCUAAAUGUACCAAUGUCUUCUCAACUUGCUGCAAACCACUGGAACCAACAGCAAGCUGAACAGGAAGAGAGAAUGAGGAUGAAAAAGCUCACUUUGGAUAUCAAUGAACGGCAAGAACAAGAGGACUACCAGGAAAUGUUGCAGUCUCUGGCACAGCGUCCAGCUCCAGCAAAUACUAACCGUGAACGACGGCCUCGUUACCAGCAUCCAAAGGGAGCACCUAAUGCAGAUCUAAUCUUUAAAACUGGUGGGAGGAGACGUUGACCCAGCAGCCAGUGUCAUUUCCUUAGGUCCUGUAUCUCUGAUGUUGUGGAUAGUGGAGUCCUCCAGCGAUUAAACGAGAGCAGUGGACACAUCUCAACAUGUCAGUCUAAGAGCGUUCAGAAUCGAAACUUGGGACAGGCUGGGGCUGUGGGCCAGAAAUAGCAGCUCCCCUCUUCCCCCCAAUCCCACACAGAACAAGUGGAAGCUUCCAGUCAUGGCCUACCAAAAAAACACAAAGAAAAAA